CCUGAACCUGGGCAACUUGCCUGCGCGCCUGGCGAACCUUGUGCGGAGCCUGAACCUGGGCAACUUGCUUGCACGCCUGACGAACCUUGUGCGGCGCCUGAACCUGGGCAACUUGCUUGCACGCCUGGCGAACCUUGUGCGGAGCCCGAACCUGGACAACUUGCCUGCACGCCUGGCGAACCUUGUGCGGAGCCUGAACCUGGGCAACUUGCUUGCACGUUUGACGAACCUUGUGCGGCGCCUGAACGUGGGCAACUUGCUUGCACGCCUGACGAACCUUGUGCGGCGCCUGAACCUGGGCAAAUAUCUUGACCUCGAAUGGCUUGCGGGGCGCCCCGCACUCGAUCGGCUCGGUCAUUGGCCGUCACGAUCCUGGCCGCCGCAGCGGGACUUUGGAAUCCUUGCGCUGCCGGACGGCUAG